AUGGAUUUGGGGAAUAUGUCUGACUCUGAAGUGGAGAUGUCAGAUAGGCAUGGCCAGGAUUUGUUUUCAGAGAGUUCCAAGAAGAGUUCAAGUGAUUUAGGAAGUUAUAUUGAAGCGACGGUGAAGGAUUCGGAGGAGGUUGGAUAUGUAGAGGGGUUGGUCCAGAUGUGAAAGUAUGCCCUGCCUUCGUCGGGAGGGAUGAUCUUGAGGAGGGUCAUUGAUAUUAUGAAUUUUGUGGUGAUUGGGAGGUUAGGAGACCCUACUCUUGUUUCUGGAGCAGGGCUUGGGAUUACAACUAUUCAAAUUACAACGAUCUCACUUGGAGUAGGACUAGCUGGUGGGAUUGAAACACUCUCAUCUCAAGCCUUUGGAAAUGGGAAAAACUAUUUAGCUGGAAUAUAUUACACCAGAGCUCAGGUUGUAUUGACGAUUUUGUUUGUGCCUCAAGCGAUAUUGUUGUAUUUCAUCACUCCUAUCUUGAUAUCUGCAGGCCAGCCAACUAGAUCAGCAGAGGUAGCAGGACUAUUUAUAAAAAUCCUAAUUCCUGGAGUAUGGGGAUUCUGUCAAACAGAGUUGUUGAGAAAGUUUCUUGGAACUCAGGGAGCAUUCUAUGUAGUUACAAAUUCCCAGAUAUUUAACUGAAUCUUACAUCCCUUAUGGCUAUAUCUUUUCGUGUCUAAGUUUGAUUUAUCAAUUAGCGGGAUCGCUAUUGCCACAUCAAUUACAUAUUUCAUGAAUUAUCUCGUUCCAAUGAUCUAUGUGACACUGAAGAAGGACUCAGUCAGGGAGAACAGCAUGCACCGGAUUAACAAGGAUUCCUUCGUCGGACUCUGGCAGUACAUGAAGUAUGGGAUCCCAGCCAUGAUGCUUACAGCGCUGGAGUAUUGGUCAUUCGAAAUUAUCACGAUUUUUGGAGGGCUUGUUGGGGAAAAAGAACUGGGAGCUUGAGUCAUUUUAUUCAAUACCCUCGCUUUUGUUUAUAUGAUUCCUCUAGGAUUUUGUUAUGCCGCAAACACUCUUAUCGGCAAUAGUCUUGGAGCAAUGAAUCCGAAUAGUGCUAAAGUUUACAGAAACCUAGCUGCAAUGAUAGGGUUUGCUCUGAGUCUGAUUCUUGGAACAUUAAUGUUUAUUUUGAGGUACUACAUUGCUAAUCUGUUUACUCAGGAUGAAGAAAUUAUCGAAAUGGUGAUCACAGCAAUGCCUUUGAUCUCAUUAAGCACUAUUGGUGACUACACACAAGGGAUCUCUCAAGGAACUGUCAAGGCGAUGGGUAUCCAAAAUUAUGCAACCAUUUUAUCAAUGAUCGGAUAUUGGGGAAUCUCGAUUCCCUUGACAAUCUGGUUUACUUUUAAGCUACACUGGGGAAUCUGUGGAAUCUUUGGAGGAUUACCCAUAGCCUUACUCUUUGUAGGAGGCUCAUUCUUAUUCAUCAUCUACCGUACAGAUACAGUUGUUCUUUCCCAGGAAAUUUGACAACGCCUCAGAAAGGAGGAGGAAGGUCGUCAUAUGAACAGAUUCGACAGCUCUAAAAGCGCGAAUUCUCACUCCUUCCUUGAAACUUAAAAUCAGAGUUCAACUAG